AUGCUACUGGGCUGCCCAUCAGGGACGUUCAAGGCCAGCCAAGGGGAUGAAGGAUGUGUCCACUGCCCAAUUAACAGCCGGACAACUUCGGAAGGGGCCACUAACUGCGUGUGCCGAAAUGGAUAUUACCGGGCAGAUGCUGAUCCUGUUGACAUGCCAUGCACCACCAUCCCAUCUGCCCCCCAGGCCGUCAUCUCCAGCGUGAAUGAGACCUCUCUGAUGCUGGAGUGGACCCCGCCAAGGGACUUGGGGGGCCGGGAGGACCUGGUGUACAACAUCAUCUGCAAGAGCUGUGGCUCUGGCCGCGGGGCGUGCACGCGCUGCGGGGACAACGUGCAGUUUGCCCCCCGCCAGCUGGGCCUGACAGAGCCCCGCAUCUACAUCAGUGACCUGCUGGCCCACACCCAGUACACCUUCGAGAUCCAGGCAGUGAACGGUGUCACCGACCAGAGCCCUUUCUCCCCACAGUUUGCAUCAGUGAACAUCACCACCAACCAGGCUGCUCCUUCAGCUGUGUCCAUCAUGCACCAGGUCAGCCGCACUGUGGACAGCAUUACCCUCUCAUGGUCUCAGCCUGACCAACCCAACGGAGUCAUCCUGGAUUAUGAACUGCAAUAUUAUGAGAAGGAUUUGAGCGAGUUAAAUUCAACAACAGUGAAGAGCCCCACCAACACUGCGGCAGUGCAAAACCUCAAAGCUGGCACCAUCUACGUCUUCCAGGUGCGGGCACGUACUGUGGCCGGGUAUGGCCGGUAUAGUGGCAAGAUGUAUUUCCAGACCAUGACUGAAGCCGAGUACCAGACCAGUGUCCAGGAGAAGCUGCCACUCAUCAUCGGCUCCUCGGCGGCAGGACUGGUGUUCCUCAUUGCUGUAGUUGUCAUCAUUAUUGUGUGCAACAGAAGACGGGGCUUUGAGCGUGCUGACUCUGAGUACACCGACAAGCUGCAGCACUAUACCAGUGGCCACAUGACUCCAGGGAUGAAGAUUUAUAUCGAUCCAUUCACCUACGAAGAUCCCAAUGAGGCUGUCAGGGAAUUUGCAAAAGAAAUCGAUAUCUCUUGUGUCAAAAUCGAGCAGGUGAUUGGGGCAGGGGAGUUUGGUGAGGUGUGCAGUGGACAUCUCAAGCUUCCUGGCAAAAGAGAGAUCUUUGUGGCCAUCAAGACCCUGAAGUCUGGUUACACGGAGAAGCAGAGACGGGACUUCUUGAGUGAAGCCAGCAUCAUGGGGCAGUUCGACCACCCCAACGUCAUCCACCUGGAGGGGGUAGUGACCAAGAGUUCACCGGUCAUGAUCAUUACUGAGUUCAUGGAGAAUGGCUCACUGGACUCCUUCUUGCGGCAAAAUGACGGGCAGUUCACAGUGAUCCAGCUGGUGGGCAUGUUGCGGGGCAUUGCGGCAGGCAUGAAGUACCUGGCCGAUAUGAACUACGUGCACCGGGACCUGGCUGCCCGCAACAUCCUGGUGAACAGCAACCUGGUCUGCAAAGUGUCCGACUUUGGCCUCUCCCGUUUUCUGGAGGAUGACACCUCUGAUCCCACCUACACCAGUGCACUGGGCGGGAAGAUCCCAAUACGGUGGACAGCACCUGAGGCAAUUCAGUACCGAAAAUUCACAUCAGCCAGUGAUGCGUGGAGCUAUGGAAUAGUCAUGUGGGAGGUGAUGUCAUACGGCGAGCGGCCUUACUGGGAUAUGACCAAUCAAGAUGUCAUAAAUGCUAUUGAGCAGGACUACCGGCUGCCACCACCUAUGGAUUGUCCAAAUGCCCUGCACCAGCUAAUGCUUGACUGUUGGCAGAAGGAUCGAAACCACAGACCCAAAUUUGGGCAAAUUGUCAACACCUUAGACAAAAUGAUCCGAAAUCCUAACAGCCUGAAAGCCAUGGCACCUCUUUCCUCUGGGAUGAACCUUCCCCUACUUGACCGCACAAUCCCGGAUUAUACCAGCUUCAACACUGUGGAUGAAUGGCUGGAUGCCAUCAAGAUGAGUCAGUACAAGGAGAGCUUUGCCAGUGCUGGCUUCACCACCUUUGAUGUAGUAUCUCAGAUGACUGUAGAGGACAUUCUGCGAGUUGGGGUCACUUUAGCAGGACACCAGAAGAAAAUUCUGAACAGUAUCCAGGUGAUGAGAGCACAGAUGAACCAAAUUCAGUCUGUGGAGGUUUGAUAGCUACAUGUCCUCCUACUCCUCUUCCUUGAGGCCCUGCUCCCCUUUGCCCCUGUAUGUCCGAGCUCCAGUUCUUGAGUGUUCUGCAUGGACCAGAGACAGGCAGCUGCUCUGAGGAUCAUGGCAACAGGAAGAAAUGCCCUGUCAUCAAUACCGAGAGGUCACCAAGAGCUUCUAGAAUUUAAGCAAUGGAAAAAGGGAA